UGUGGUUUGGAACCCAUGUGCAGGCGUACCAGAGAAAGCAAAACAAAUGCUACAAAUUGCAUAAGACAAUAUAAUAUGCAAUAAUGAUGACUGCAUAUUAUUAAUUAAUAUUAUAAUAAUGAACCGCAACUUUAUAAUAUAUAACUGCUGAUAAUUAUGCGUAUUUCUACUAGCAGUACUAUAGGAUAAUAACAGUGGUUGUCAUUGACUGUUGUGGUUGUCAGGGAUGGACGGGGUCCGGUGGGCGUUCCGCUGCGGCUCGUGGGUACCGACCCGUUCCGAGUGGACCCUGGCGGCCCGGUGCGUUCAGCAGGAGGAGAAAGAACGGAUCGCGCAGUUCGUGUUCGCCAAAGAUGCUAAAUCCGCCAUGGCUGGUCGUCUGCUGAUCAGAAAGCUGGUGUGUGAGAAGAUGGGUUUUGCAUGGGACGGGUUUCGGCUGGAAAGAACAGCGCGGGGGAAACCGUUCUUGCCACGGACCUCAUCCACCCCCGGCGUAACCCACUGGAACUUCAACGUGUCCCAUCAGGGAGAUUACGCCGUGCUGGCAGCAGAACCGGGACGCCAGGUGGGCGUAGACGUGAUGAAGACCAGCAGACCAGGCAGCAGCUCCGUACAGGAGUUUUUCCGGAUCAUGAAUCGUCAGUUCACGGAUCUGGAGUGGAUGAACAUCCGGAAGGCCGGAUCGGACUGGGACCAACUGGACAUGUUUUAUAGGCACUGGGCGCUGAAGGAGAGCUUCGUCAAAGCGAUUGGCACAGGGCUGGGCUUCGAUCUGCAGAGGGUGGAGUUUCACAUCUCGCCCAAUCAGAUGCGAGAAGGGCAAGUGUACCGGCAGACACAGAUGUACCUGGACAGUGAAGUAGAGGACUGGACAUUUGAGGAGAGCUUAUUGGACAAAGAUCAUCACGUCGCUGUGGCGCUGGGAAAACCAGAUAUCAGCACAUCUGAAGAGGACGGUGGGACUGUUUGUGAAGCUCCGCCCCUUUCGUUCACACUGUUGAGUUUCAGUUAUCUUAUGUCUAAAGCCACGCCCCUUCUAGAGGAAGACCCCGCCUACUGGGAGAGAUUUCAGAGCAAAAAGGAAGCACCUGUUAGAUAAAACAGCAGUGAAUAAAUUGCAUG